CGAGUGCAGGAGAAGAUAGGAGAAGGCUCCUUUGGGUCUGUUUAUCGUGCUAUCGACAAUAAAACUGGUCAGAACGUCGCUGUAAAGAUUCUCCCAUCAGACAGUGACAUGUCGCCACUGGAGCGAGAGAUUGAGAUCCUGAAACAAUGCGAUUCUCCUUACAUCGUGAGAUACCUUGGAAGCUACAUCAAGGACAACGACCUCUGGAUAUCUAUGGAGUACUGCAACGCAGGGUCAGUCAGCGACGUCAUGGAGGCCAUGAACAUCACGCUGGACGAGGAUCAGAUCUCUUCCAUCUGCCGGGCAGCCCUCUGCGGUCUCGAGUACCUCCAUGGCCAGCGCAAGAUUCACCGAGACAUCAAGGCUGCCAACAUCAUGCUCAAUGACAAGGGCGAGGCUAAGUUAGCUGACUUCGGCGUUGCUGCUCGGUACUCGUCGACCUAUUCCAAGCGGAACACUGUCGUCGGAACUCCCUUCUGGAUGGCUCCAGAGGUCAUUCAGAUGGCCGACUAUGACGGGCUCGCCGACAUCUGGUCGCUGGGGAUCACAGCGAUCGAGAUGGCGGAGGGCGCCCCGCCAAGGGCGGACAUGCAUCCUUUCAGGGCGAUCUUUCUCAUCCCCAAGUCAGAACCACCUACGCUCAAGGAGCCCGAGCGAUGGUCGCCGGAGUUCAACGAGUUUCUAUCCAUGUGCCUCGAGAAAGACCCUUCCCUUCGGCCGAACCCAACUCAUCUCCUCCAACAUCCGUUUGUGAAGAAAGGAGAAAACAAGCAUAAUCUCCUGGCCUCGCUGGUUCAAGACGGCCUGGCAGCCAUCAACAAAUGGCGGCUGCAGCCCAACGAGCAAUCUGGGUAA